UCUGGCAUUUGUAUCUUAUUCCAAGUCGAUUUGACUUUGUACGAAAUUUUGUUUGAUUACUUGUGAGAGUUAUAGUUAACAAACAGCGUUGUAGGUUAUUAUCGCAAGGCAGAAAAGUUAAAACGUUGUUUUAAAACAACUAUGUUCAUAAAGCACUUAUAAAAAUGUCUAUAAACGUAAAUAGUGAAACAUGGAAAACUUGGGAGAGAUCUGGUAAAACAGAAUUUUUAAAACAAUGUAAAGCUACAAUUAAAGACAAUGCUAGGACACCAUUAUUAUCAAAAUCUGGCAAACUAACUGGCUUGGGCCGAGCUAUAUAUGAGUUAUUUUCAAACGGCAUCAAAGGCACCAUAAGGAGAGAUGCAGUUAGUUCUGCAGUUGGUGAAUUAUGCCAUUUGCACAAUGAUUUACCAUCAAUUAUUUUGGAUGUUUUAAAUAUAUUAGAUGCAGAAACAGCAUUAAGUGAUCCAGAGGAAAGGCAGAUUUUCUGUCAAAUUACUAAAGAUACUGAAAAGUUUCUCUCUGACAAACUCUUGAAAGAACGUCUAGAGAUUGAUACAUUAAAUGAAGCUGGGAUUUUGAGCACAUCUAGAACAUUCUAUACAAAAUUUAUAAAAAUAAAAACUAAAUUAUAUUACAAACAAAGAAAAUUCAAUUUAUAUCGUGAAGAAAGUGAAGGUUAUGCUAAACUGAUAGUAGAAUUGAAUCAAGAAAUUAAUGAUACAAUAACCCCAAAGAAUAUUUUGGAAGUUAUUAAGUCACUGAUUGGUUGUUUUAAUUUAGAUCCAAAUAGAGUAUUAGAUGUUAUAUUGGAGUCAUUUGAAUGCAGGCCGGAUCAAGGAAAUUUUUUUAUACCUUUGAUAAGAUCAUACAUGCCAGAUAAGAAAAUUAUCUGUGAGGUACUAGGUUUCAAAUUCAAUAUAGAUCCUUAUAACACUCCGAAGUCGUUGUAUAAAGUUACAGCUUUGAUGCUACAGCAUUCUGUAAUAAAUUUGGAUGAUAUUUAUUAUUGGUUGUCACCUGAUGAUAAAAUAUUAUGUAGACAAUUUGAAAGAGAAAUGUCUGAUGCCAAAGAGUAUGUUAGAAGAUUAAACAUAAUAUCUAUCAAUAAAGAUAAAGAUAAAGAAACUGACUCGAAUGAACAAGAUAAAGAUAAUAUCAAUGAUCGUUAUGAAUGCAAUCAGAAGUUUAAUCUCUGCCAGGCUUUAAUAGAAAUUGGUGAUUGGAAUAAUGCACAUCAACUUUGCUUGAAACUGCCAGAAAAUUAUGUUAUUGAUCAACAACCUAUAGCAGUAGCUCUGUGUAAAUUGAUUCAUUAUCUAAUUGACCAGGUCUAUCGUAGUAAAUGUAGAAUUGCCAAGAAAAUCAAUUUAAAGCCAGUGCAACAUACAAUGACUAAUCUUGGUCCAAAACAAGCACAAACACUUCUAGAGCUCAAAACUGAUGCCAUACCAAUGAUUGUAUUUUUGGGUCCUUCUUUACAUUAUGAUCCAGUUUUAGCAAGUAAAAUUUUACGUAUUUGUGAAUCAGCUCUAGCUGAAAUGGAUGUUAAUUCCUUGAAACUUCCUAAAGACAAUAAUAACUUGUACUAUGAGAUAUUUUCAAUAUUGGACUCGGCUAUACUGCCAGCUUUAUCAUUUAUGGAUUGUAAUUGUUGUAUCGCAGAGGAGAUUUGGAAUAUUAUUAAAUUAUAUCCUUAUCAAUACCGGUAUAGUUUAUAUGGUAGAUGGAAAAAUGACACAUUCCAACAAUAUGCAAAACUUCUACGAAGGAAGGGAGAAACACAAAAGGAAAUUAAACACUUAGUAAAAAGAAUAAGUAAAGAAAAUAUUAAGCCCAUUGGAAGAUCAAUUGGCAAGUUGACACAUUGCAGUCCUGGAUUUUUCUUUGAUUAUGUACUUCUACAAAUCCAGAUAUAUGACAAUCUCAUUAUUCCUAUAGUUGAUUCACUCAAGUACCUCACAUCAUUAUCUUAUGAUAUAUUAGGUUAUUGCCUCAUAGAAGCCCUUAGUUCUCCAGAUAAACAAAGGAUGAAACACGAUGGCACAUCAAUUUCACUCUGGUUGAAGAGUUUAGCUUCAUUUUGUGGGGCUGUCUUUAAAAAAUAUAAUAUUGAAUUGUGUGGAUUAUUGCAAUAUGUUGCAAAUCAAUUGAAAGCACAAAAAAGUACUGAUUUGCUGAUCUUGAAAGAAGUUGUCUUAAAAAUGGCCUGUAUUGAUGCCGCAGAAGAAUUGACUGAAGAACAAUUAGAAGCACUUGCUGGAGGUGAAUUACUCAAAGGAGAGGCUGCAUCUUUCAGUCAAGUACGAAACACCAAAAAAUCAUCAUUGCGCUUGAAAGAGGCAUUGAAUGAACAUGAUUUAUCUGUGGCAUUGUGUUUACUAAUUGCACAGCAGAAAUAUUGUGUUAUAUAUAGAGAAACAGAGUAUACACAUUUGAAACUUGUUAGCAAGCUCUAUGAUCAAUGUCAGGAUACGUUAGUGCAAUUUGGAAGUUUUCUUGGUUCCACAUAUUCAGUUGAUGAAUAUGUAACUCGACUACCUUCAAUACAAAUGAUGUUGCAAGAAUAUCACAUACACACUGAUGUAGCUUUCUUUUUAGCACGGCCCAUGUUUACUCAUGCCAUUAGUCAAAAAUAUGAUCAAUUGCGUAAAACUGAUCCAAAUCCACGCAAAUUAACAGCGGCUUUGAAACAAGCAAAAUAUGCAGAAGCAUGUGAACAUGUUAUGUCACCGGUAGUUGCAUCCGUUCGGACAUUGCAUCCAGCAAGAGUUUGGGAAGAUAUGUCACCUCAAUUUCUCGUUACAUUUUGGUCUUUAAGUAUGGCAGAUUUACAUGUGCCUGUGGAGAGCUAUAAUAGAGAAAUUAAUAGAUUGAAGCAGUUGUCACUUGAAUUGUUGGAUCAACAAGAUGUAAAGUGCUAAUAAAAUAAAAAGGAACAAGAACGCCAUAUGGCUCUUAUUGAAAAAUUGCAAGACGAGCGCAAGAAGCAGCAAGAACAUGUUGAUAAAGUUAUGUAUCGACUGAAGCAAGAAAAAGAUACAUGGUUUGUUUCAAGAUCUAGUAAAUCGGCGAAAAAUGAAACAAUUACUCAAUUUUUGCAGUUGUGCUUGUUUCCGAGAUGUAUUUUCACUGAUGAUGCUGUCUUUUGUGCAAAGUUUGUUCAUAUCAUCCACAGCUUGAAAACAGUGAACUUUUCAACAUUAUUAUGUUACGAUAGAAACUACUUGAUAUCAGAUCGAGGCAGUUAUGGAACUAUGUGGAUGAAAGGGCCAAAGCUUUUAUCACUGAGCAACGAUGAAACCAACAAAUAA